AUGUUGCGCAAAAUUGCAGCCUGCUUUUUGCUUCAAUUUUUAUUGGCUCAAUGUUCGACAGACAUUCCUGUUUCAAGAACUUGUGAACCUAUAACCAUCGAGCAAUGCAAAAAUAUUGGGUACAAUGUCACCGGAAUGCCCAACUUUCUCGGCCACAAUAGACAAGUACUGGCGGAAUCGGUUCUUCAGAAUUUCUUACCAUUGAUUCAUUAUGGAUGUUCAUCUCACCUUCGUUUUUUUCUUUGCUCUGUGUACGUGCCGCUAUGUUCCGAGAAAGUCCCGCAGCUUAUAGGACCUUGUAGACCGCUUUGCGAAUCUGUCCAAGAACGAUGUGAACCUGCACUGCAAAAGUUGGGACUGCUAUGGCCAUCAUCAUUGAAUUGCAGUACAUAUCCUCCAAAGAACAACAUGAAGCACAUGUGCAUGGAUGGUGGUCCCGAGUAUAGAAAGAAGAAAACCAAUUACGGAACAUACUUUCAUCUCAGCGCUUGAGUGCCGUCUCUCUGUGUUUUUGCGUUAUGUGCGUUCGACGCUGACGAACUCACCGGAACGUGCUUUGUUAAAAACAAUGAUCCCGUCUUCCUGCUGAGAUUUGUGCUCGCGUAUUUUACGUGUUGUGCUCAAAUACUUUCGCGUAUUUGA